GUCUGUGUCACUUGCGACCGAGGCCUCGCCGUGCGGCCACGUUUGCGCCACCUACAGCCCGGGAGGGUGAGCGUCAUGGCGGCUUCUUUCUCGCUCCCGGUGACCCAAGACUUGUUCGCGCUGCGUGCCAAGUUGCAGGAGCUGCUGCAGUUCCUGCGGGAAGCCUUGUCCAUUUCCAACGCACACACGGUGGACUUUUAUACGGAGUCCGUGUGGGAGCAGCUGAUCGAUUUACCCCCUGAGGCCGUGCUGGGGGUCCUGAGGAAGUCAGCGGGAGGCGAGGCCGAGGCCGAGGCCCGGGUCUCAGAAGCGCGCCUCCUGUCGGAAGCCGAGAGUCCCUCAGGUAUUACCAAUUUUCCCAAAAUAUUUUGUGAAACUUCCCAGAAGCUGAUGAGUGUGGAAGCCUUUGCUCUGGCUGUGAGAUAUUAUUCUGUACAAAACUUAGGAAUAUGUACUCCUUUUGAACAGUUGCUUACAGCCCUUCGAGGAAGUCAAAAACAGAGAACUGGUGAAAAUGUGAAACUAGAUGAAUUUAUGAAUUUGAAAAAAUCUCAUGAAGUUCAGGCUAUGUCAGAGCUGAUCAGCGGUAUUGCUGAUUACUGUGGAAUAAAGCAAGUAAUUGACCUGGGUUCUGGGAAAGGCUACCUAAGCUCUUUUUUGUCCUUGAAGUAUGGCUUAAAAGUUUAUGGAAUUGAUUCAUCAAAUACCAAUACUCAUGGAGCUGAGGAGAGAAACAGGAAAUUGAAGAAACAUUGGAAAGCCUACCAUACUCGGUCAAAAUUAGAUGCUAAUGGACUGGCAUUAAAAAUGGCAAAAGAAAGGAAAGUGCAAGAUGAAAUUAAAUAUAAAGUAGAUAUUGAGGGACAAUGUAACAGCAGUCCUGCGAAUCAAGAAAAGAUGUCUACUUCAGAUUUUUUGCCGGAUUUUUCGGAUUCUGUAAUUUCUAACAUUAGAGCACAAAUGGAAAACCUACACGUGUAUUCACAUCGAGAAGAAAACUUGUGUUUUGAAAAUGCCUUUUCUCUUAUAGACCUUUUGCCUAUUAAUGCUGUAGAACCUACUUCAUUUCAAACACCUAAGAGAAAAAUGUCUGAAGCAAAUAAAGAGAGAAGAAAAAUGACAUCAAAGUCAAAUGAAUCAAAUAUAUAUUCACCUUUAACAUCUUUUAUCACUGCUGAUUCGGAACUGCAUGAUAUUAUUAAAGAUCUGGAGGAUUGUUUGAUGGUAGGUUUGCAUACUUGCGGUGAUCUUGCUCCAAAUACUCUGCGAAUAUUUGCUUCCAAAUCUGAAAUCAAGGGAGUUUGCAGUGUGGGUUGUUGCUACCACCUCUUAUCUGAAGAGUUUGAAAACCCGCAUAAAGAAAGUACCCAAGAAAAGUGGGGAUUUCCAAUGUGCCAGUAUUUAAAGGAAGAGAGAUGGUGCUGUGGUCGUAAUGCCAGAAUGUCAGCAUGUUUGGCUUUGGAACGGGUUGCAGUUGGCCAAGGGCUGUCUACUCAAUCACUCUUCUAUCGAGCCGUCCUUCAGGAUAUUAUUAAAGAAUGUUAUGGCAUCACCAAAUGUGAUCGGCACGUUGGUAAAAUUUAUUCCAAAUCCUCUUCCUUUCUGGACUAUGUCCGAAAGUCUCUUAAGAAGCUUGGAUUAGAUGAGUCCAAGCUGCCAGAAAAAGUUAUAAUGGACUACUACGAGAAGUAUAAGCCUAGAAUGAACGAGCUGGAAGCUUUUAAUAUGUUGAAAGUUGUUCUGGCUCCUUGUAUAGAGACAUUGAUUCUUCUAGAUCGACUUUGCUACCUGAAGGAGCAGGAAGAUACUGCAUGGGCUGCACUUGUGAAGUUGUUUGAUCCUGUGAAAUCUCCCAGAUGUUAUGCUAUUAUUGCCCUGAAGAAGCAGCAAUGAUUUCAGUUGAAGCAAGGUAUUAGAUGUAUCUGUUUGUGGAACCUAUUGCUAAUUUUGCUCAUCUAAACAUUUGUAUUUGUUAUGUAAAUAUUUGAAAAACGUUGCUCUAUAUUUUAAAUAAACAAUAAAAUUAUAGCUAACAACAGAA